ACAAACAAUCAUGGUCUGAAAAGAUUUGAGACAAUUUCAAAUGACAUUUGAUUUCUGGUUACAUCUUCUACCACAGACCUUUGUUGUUCUAUGGGCAGUGUCACUUCAACUGUACUAUGUGAAUGUUUAUGCUGUCCAAAACAACCAAUUAAAUGAAGCUCAAGGGUGUGAUUUUUCUCAAGGGAAAUGGGUUGUUGAUGAUCCCUACUAUCCCCUUUAUGAUGCAUCAAGUGAUUGUCCUUUCAUAGUGCAAGGAUUUGAUUGUCUCAGAAAUGGUAGACCUGAUCAGGAUUACCUCAAAUAUAGAUGGAAGCCUUCUGGUUGUGAUCUUCCAAGGUUUGAUGGCAUGAAAUUCUUGGAGACAUACAGAGGGAAGAAAAUAGUGUUUGUGGGAGAUUCUAUAAGUGACAAUAUGUGGCAGUCACUGGCUUGUUUGCUUCACAUUACAGUGCCAACAUCAAAUUACACCUUAACAAGAUUAACAAAUCAUCGUUAUGUGUUCACAUUUCUGGAGUAUGAAGUUUCAAUAAUAUGGGUGAAAGAUGGGUACCUAGUGGAUACGUUUCGUGAUAGAGAAAAAGGAAGAAUUUUAAAACUUGACUCCAUUACAUCUGGGAAUUUGUGGAGUGGGGAUGUUUUGAUUUUCAAUACCUACCAUUGGUGGUUUCACACAGGAAAAACUCCAAUAUAUUUUCAAGUGGGAAAUGAGAUAAUGAAAGACAUGGAUAACGUGGAAGCUUUCAAGAUUGGGUUAACCACUUGGUCUAAUUGGAUUGAUUCCAACAUUAAUCCUUCAAAGACUACUGUUAUCUUCCAAGGAAUUGCUGCUGCACAUUCAGGGGAAAAUGACUGUUUAAAACAAACUAAGCCUGAAGAAGGAUCAAAGCCAAGUUAUCCUGGUGUAGACAUUGUUCAAAGUGUUUUGAGUAACAUGAAAAAUCAUGUUUAUUGGCUUGACAUUACUUUGCAAACACAAUUGAGGAUAGAUGGUCACCCUUCUAUAUACACUGGCAGAGGUACUUCUUAUGAGGAUUGUAGUCAUUGGUGUCUAGCUGGUGCUCCUGAUACUUGGAAUGAAAUCUUGUAUGCUGUUUUACUAGAAAGUUAAUUAAUAUUUUAUCAUCGUUUGUAAAUCUAGUUUAUGUUUUUUUAGUUCCAUUGAGGAUACAA